AUGUCGGAGCAGGCGAAAGAAGAUCAGGAGAAGCGAAAGAAGGAAUUGGAGGAGAAGGAAUCGUCGCUGCAGGCUUCUCUCAAGCAACUCAGCGAAGCCAACGAAGCCAACGAAGCCAGCAUCGCUGCCCUCAAGGAAGAAUUGAAAGCUUCGCAGAACGAGAAAGAGUCCGCCGUCCAGUCGCUGAAAGAAGCCACCGAAGCGAAGGAGGCGAAAGAAGCCGAGCUGGAAUCGGUGAAGUCCGAAAUGGAGCAGAAAGUGAAGGAAUUGGAGGCUUCCGUGCAGUCGGUCAAAGAGGAAAAAGCGAACGCGGAGGCCGAAGCGGACGCGAAGAUUGCGAAGCUGGAGAACGCGCUGAAGGAAGCGGAGUUGGCAUCUGCUGCGAAGUCGGGAGAUGAGCAGCUGGCCGCUGCGAUCGAGGAGAAGGCGAACGCGGAGAAGGCGGCUGCAGAAGCGGAGAAGGAAAAGAAGGCGAAGGAAAGCGAGCUGAAAGAGGAGAAGGAGAAGAAUGUGGAGUUGGAGAAGCGAGUGAAGGAAGCGGAGGAAGCGAAGGCGGCGAAGGAAAGCGAGCUGGAAGCGGAGAGAAGCAAAACGAAGACGCAGGAGAGCCGUAUUGCGGAGUUGGAAAGCCAGAUCGCGGAGCAGAGCAACGCAAAGAGCGAAGUCGAUGAGAGUCAGAUUGCCGAGCUGAAGAACGCGGUGGCCGAAGCGGAGAAGGAGAAGGAAAAUGCAAAGAAGGAGAAGGAGGAAGCGGAGAAACAGAAAGAAGAAGCCGAAAAGCAGAAGGAGGUUGCGGAGAAGGAGAAGCAGGAAGCCGAAAAGCAGAAGGAGAAGGCUGAGAAAGAGAAGGAAGAAGCCGAGAAGCAGAAGGAAGAAGCCGAAAAGCAGAAGGAGGUUGCGGAGAAGGAGAAGGAAAAGGCUGAGAAAGAAAAAGAGAAGGCCGAAAAAGAAAAGGAGAAGGCCGAGAAGCAGAUUGAAAAGGCUGAGAAAGAAAAAGAGAAGAAGGAGGCGGAACUGGAGAGUGCGAAUCAUCAGCUGAAAGAAGCCACGAAGGAAGUGAAAGAGAAGGAAUCUGCGUUGGAGAAGAAGGAAAAGCAAAUCGCGGAGUUGGAGAAGAGAAUUGAAGAAUUGGAGAAGGCGGCGAAGCAGGAACCCAAAUCCGAACCCAAAAAGGAAACAAAGAAAGAGGAAUCAUCGUCCUCGUCUUCUUCUUCGUCUGAGGAAGAAGAGGAAGAAGAAGAAAAGGAAAAAGAAGAAAAGCCAAAGAAGAAGACGAUCAAGAAGUCCAAGAAAGAAUCGUCCGAUUCCGAUUCCGAUUCUGAUUCUGAUUCUGAUUCCGAUUCCGAUUCGGAUAGUAAGAAGAAGAAGAAAUCAAAGAAGUUGUCAAAGAAGCCUGCAAAACGAUCGUUGCUUUCCAAGAAGUCGAAGAAGGCCGCUUCUUCGUCGUCCUCGUCGUCGUCUGAUUCGGAUUCUAGCGAUUAAGGAUGUGCUUAUUGCUUC